UACCAAAUGCCUAGAGGACGCCCACAAAAACACCAAACUUUAAACUUUUUGCCACGUCACCAUGGAGAACAUCCUGUACAUUUAAAAGGUACCUAGUACAUUUCAGUUAUAUACAACAUCAGUAAUUUAAUUUUUCUAACGUAAAAACUUCUGCAAUUAAAACGGUAUUGUUCCCUCUCAAGAGGCACUUUUAAAAUGACGAAGAGUAAAAUUUAAGAUAUUUGACAAAUAGAACAUUAAAUAACAUUAACAACAUUGAAAAAAAAACAGAAUUGAAAGUAUAUGUAGGUACUAAAAAUCGCUUGUUGUUGAAACUCGACUAAUAGGCAAAUAUCGUACUGUCCAAAACGCUGGUAAUCAAAAAUCCUUAUAUGACCUUGGAGGGAGCGCGUGACGUCACGAUACUGUUGAGUGUUCUCAACAGCAGUGUAGGCAAUCGCUUUGCGGCCUCUGCAGUCGACAAAAGUGUUCAUUAUUUACGUAGUUUCGAUAAUUAAAGUUCCAUUUUCCAAAUGCCAACCCCCAAAAUGAGCUAUCGGUGGUGUUAUGUGCCUAACUGUGGAAACACAACAAGAAAAACACCGGGAAAACUGUUUUUUUGCGUACCUUUAGAAGAAAGAAUGAAAAAAAAGUGGUUUGGUGUUGCUCGUCGCAAGUACAUACCAACAAAAACGCGCUUGUUUUGCUGCGAGGAUCAUUUCAUUUUGAAGCAUGACAUGGAAAACUACUUAAAGUAUUCAUUAACGGGUACCGCAAAAAAACUGAAAAAAGACGUUCUGCCCCACAUUUUCAACUGCCAAAAUAAUAGAAAAGUUACGGAAAAUCUUUGUUCUCCUUUGAAAAAGAGAAGUUGUCAAACCCAAGUGAUGGAAACAAUAAAGGAGUCAACUGCUACAUAUUCUGGAUCCUCAAACUCCGAAGAAAUUGGUGAAAAUGAAUCACUAAACGUCAUAGAGAAUGGUCAAAAUGAAAAACAAUCUGAUGCAGUUGCAAAAACUAAUGAACGAAAAAGAAGUUGUUCGACUGAAUCAACUACAGAAGGUUCAGAAUCCAAUAAUUUCACAUUAGAAAGAAGAGGUACAGCUGAAUUAGGAACAAAAAAUGGCAAGGAAUUCAAUUCUGAAAGCUUGAAUGCUGACCCAGAAAAUAGUGAUGAAAAAGAAAAACAAAAUGUAGCUGCUGUAAAUAGUAUACAAAAGGAUUUUUUAACUGAGGUGACUCUAGAAAAUAGCGAUGUUAAUUCAGAUGACCAACCGUUCACGUUGAGAGGUUACAAAAGAAGAAGGAGAAAUUUAAUGAAAUGGAGUGAUGAAGAAAAACAAGUAACGGAAAAAUUUUUCCGUAGACAUAUCAACCUGAGAAUUUCUCCAAAAAAGCGAGAAGUACUACAGUUAAUAAAAUUGCAUCCAAAACUAUUCAAAGAUCGAAAGUGGGAUGUUAUAAAAGUUUAUGUAUGCAACAAAUACAAUUCUAAAAGCAAAAGUAUGGCUUUGUCUCCAGUUCAGACAGAUUCUAUUGAUUUGGAAAGUGAUGGUAUGUCAUGCGAUUCAGCUCGAAGGAAAGAGAUUGAGUAACUAUUUUAAUGUAUUUACAUAAUACAAUGAG